CUGAAAAUACACCUGCAUUGCCAUGCUGUAAACAUUGCAUGUAUAGUUCAAAUCAGGGGCGGACUGACAACUCAUGGGGCCCCCGGGCAAUAGGGGAUCAUGGGGCCCCUGUGUCCUUGCCCAAACUCAAAAAAGCCUAUGAAAAAGGUACCAGGGGCAUCUCAUGGGGCCCCCUACUGACCCCGGGCCCUCGGGCAGUGCCCGAGUUUCCAAAUGGUCAGUCCGCCCCUGGUCACAUACUAGCACAUUAUGAAAGACUUACUCGAGAAUGCAGCCCUCCAGCUGCACCACUGCUGAGGCUUCCAUCU